AUGAGCCGCCGGACAUCCACCGCGUUACCCACCGGGACCUCCAAGUGCACCCCUUCCCAGAAGGUGCCCACCCUGCGGGGCACCAUCGCGUCCAACAAUGACUUGGCCAGUCUCUUUGAGUGUCCCGUGUGCUUUGACUACGCGCUGCCCCCCACGCUGCAGUGUCAGAGCGGCCACCUGGUCUGCAGCAACUGUCGCCCCAAGCUCACCUGCUGUCCGACCUGUCGGGGCCCCUUGGGAACCAUCCGCAACUUGGCCAUGGAGAAGGUGGCCAACUCAGUCCUGUUCCCUUGCAAACACGCCAUUUCGGGGUGUGAAAUCACUCUGCCGCACACCCAAAAGGCGGACCACGAGGAGCUCUGUGCGUUCCGG